GCUGCUACAGAAGAGCAACAGUGUGGACGAGUUUGAGACGCGCAGGAGGGACUGAUACACACACACUCACACACUCUUACUCACUCACUCACACACACACACCGACUGAGGGGCUUUCGCUAAACUUUACGCGUUAGUUCCAGAAGACAGCGUUUUUCUUUCUUUUCUGCAGAGCAUCUUUCCUGUAUCAUGAGCCUGUGUUUAAACUCCUCUGAAGUUGAUGUCAUGAACCGAGACGCGCCGCUUUACACAACAAACUGAAGCUCUACAAACACACACGCCGCUGGAACUUGAUUGUUUCCAGUUUUGAUGCAACUUCGGCGGAAUCACAGGGGAGGCUGUCAGCAAAGUUGCCAGACCCAAGUUACAACAAAGGGCUUUUAGUUUUCAGAAACAGCUCUCAUCUGAGGAUAAAGACGACGUUGCCCAGACCACCAAGACUGUUGAUGUCAGUCCUAUUGUCUCUCUACCCAAAGUCUCAGAGUUAAGGAAACGUUUUGAGCACAUCAGUAAUAGUCAAAGUGACUGCUGGGACAUGAACAGGAAAGAACGAAUUGCACGGCGGCUGGAAGGAAUUGACAGCGACGUUCAGUUCUCGCUUCCAAGUGCUGGUCUGGUGACCAAUCGGCUACUGGAGGAAGACACUCCCAGAUACACUCGUGCCAAUGACUUGUGUGACCCAUGCGCCGUUUCUGUUAAGCACUUUAUCAAAGAUGAGUCUGGAAUGUCAGACCCGCACAGCUCUGAGAGUGUGUCCCAACACCGGAGCCAAAUGGAGACAUGCAUGACCCAAACAGAGCCGACUAAUAACCCCGGUUCUGCUGUAGCAGCUGAGCUGGAGUCUAAGGCUGAUCGCAUUGCCCGCUACAAGGCCGAACGCAGACGCCAGCUCUGUGAGCGCUACCGCAUCUUACUGGAUGAAGAGGCAGACACAGACUACUCCAGAAUGCGACGGGACCCUGAGGGCUCAGAGCGCCAGUACAGGGGGCAAGUGGAAGGAAAAGAUGAGGUGGAACAUAAUGCCAACACUGCAAACGUUCGGGCAAGUAGAAUCCCUGCUUCGGCCAAUGUGGAGCCGGAGUACAGCAGGGAGAUGGGUGAGGUUUUCUCUGAGCAUGAGAGGAGGAUGAAUCUGGAAAACCAGAAAAGGGCACUCGAUCGAGGAAGAAUGCACGGAGAAGGAGAAGUUCCAGACCACUCUGCCCCUUACAUAGACACUUCAGGGGAGACCAGAGCCCCAAGGGAACAGGAGGUGACUGACUCACCCAAAGCAAGUCGACCUGCCAAGCAAGUGGCUUCUAUUGGGGAUUUAGUUAGUGACCAGCCGACCCACAACAUCCUUCACAAGCAUGGUGCUUAUAGUCAAUGGUCACUCCAGACUGAUUCAGAAGGAGACACCAUUUCCCCAAUCAACUGGCCUUCCAGAAUCAGAGUCAGGGAGAGACUGACACAUGAUAGGCCAUCACACCAAAGUGCAGAACUCAGUACCCCAUCAGAAUACCCUGUGUACCGCAGUCAUGCAAAGAUUUCCACUACCCACCAGGAAGAACCAAAAUCCCACUUCCAUUACCAUCCAGCACUGCUGCACCAUUCUCGUUCUGGGCAAGCUGAGAAUCAGGACCCUGGAUGCCGUGGCUACCUCUCCAUUGGCACUGAGCCUUCUUGCCCCCAGGUUUGGCAAGAUGCUCAAAUGCAGGUAGAGAAAACAAGUAGUCCUUCAAUGGCAGAGGGGCUUCUGAAGAAAAGGAAAGCAGUUUUGACCCCUGAGAUCAGUCAGAGAGAGAGACGUGUCAAUGACAUUCACCCCGGAAGAUCCUACGAUACAGAUCUGGCGGCACGCCACCAGGUGCGCACUGCACCAAGCCAAGAGGAAGUCCUUGUAGGAGAAUCUAGAGGAAGGCAGGGGCGAUGGUCACAGAGGGAGGAGUAUACUGAACAUGUAUCUCGACUUCAAGCAACUGAAGAAAUGUAUGCGAGAGCCAGGCAGGCCCAAGAGAUAGCACCUAAUGGCUGGUAUAACCAACAUGGUACCACCUAUCAGCCAUCAGGCAUCCAAGGUUCUUCUCCAGCAACAAGUGGUAGAUGGGCUCCAGAUUCAACCAAACAAAUGAGUCGAUACCCAUCAGCCUCAGGCAGACCUCAAACCACUCUUGAAACUACUAGCCAGAAAGCCAUUCGCAACAGAGAGGCUGUACCUCAAGUGGUCAGGGCCACCAGAGACCAUUCCCCAGUGGACAUGAGAGUUUCUGUAGCUCAAUUGCGCCACUCCUAUCUCGAGAGUGCAACAAACUCCCAAAAAUCUGAACAGGUAGAGCGCUUUCCUGCGUCCACUGAGGUGCCCUGGAGAAGUGAGCGAGCUUCCCGUCGGCCUCGGCGGUACUUAUCGCCCCAUGCGAAAGAGACUAGAAAGACUUCUGAGAGGUUUAGAACUCAGCCAGUCACAUCUUCUGAGUGGCAGGAAUCUGAUAGGUCUUGCCCGAUCCCAGAACCACAAAUCACUGAAGUGGAUGAGGAGAAGUUGGAUGAGAGAGCAAAGAUGAGUGUUGCUGCCAAACGCUCUCUAUUCAGGGAGCUGGAGAAAAGUGUGGAUGGUGCAGCUUUAAAGGCACACAACCAAAAUGCUGCCUUAGCACGUAGACUAAGAAGAGGUCAGGACCGCUAUCGUACCCAGCCCAUCACAUCAGAGGAAGUUGUCAUUGCCGCUACUUCCCCUGGUCCUUUGUCACAGACUGUAUCUGUUCAUUCUUCAGUAACACGUGUUCCUAGUCCCACUGUAGUCAGCAGCACAGUCAACCAACACAGCUCUCUAGUGAGGGAGCGAGCACGAGAGGCCAGAUUGCAGGAGACAGCUGAGGUGGAAAAGCUGCACCCAGCUGAACAAGGCCAGGAGGAGCCUGACCUCUCCACUCUCAGCCUGGCAGAGAAAAUGGCCAUCUUUAACAAACUUACCCAGCAGUCUGGUGUCCACUCCGUACGCCACAGAGACACCCGGGCACGGCGUACUAACGCUCGCUACCAGACCCAGCCUAUCAUACCUGGAGAGGUGGAGCAGGAUGGCUCGAACUCUGAUCUUUAUGAGGAGGAGAUGUGGCUCUCAGACGGACUGAGUGAUCUGGACCAUAUUGGAGGUGGCUCUCAUUUCACCUCCUCUUCCUCUGCUGUAAAAUCGACCACAGUUUCUACAGUCCAUGCAGGUGAUAUCCAUCUGACCCAACCCAGUGUGUCCAACAGCUAUUCUGAACGAGAUGUUCCAUCUUGGCGACAUCCAGGCAGAGGUGCCUCUGAGCUGCCUGGAGCUGAGAUACAGGAGUCCAGCCUGGGUCCGUGUAUGAGGAAACUUCCUUCUUCUGAGAAAGAGAAGCAGCCAGACAGAGAGGCAAUGACUUCAUGUGACCUCCAGGAGACAGAUGGACAUCAGAGAUUAUCAGGAUUGGCAGGUCUUCCUGAGCAGGCUCUUUCAGUGAGAGCUGCAGCAGCUCCGAGUGCGUCUCAGCUGUCGAACGGGAGCACUUCUUUCCCACAGCGCACACACACACAGCGUUUGGUCCAGUCCGGCAGAGAAGCUGUCUCAGAGGACAGGGAGAGGACCAGUGAGAGAGAACAAGACGCAGAAGACGCCGAGGAGAUUUCAGACAUGUCGGCAAGACAGAUAUCUAUCAAAGAGAGGCUGGCUCUGCUGAGGAAGAGCGGUGAGGAAGACUGGAGGAACAGGAUCAAUAAGAAGCAGGAUGUUGUCAAAGUGGCCAUUUCAGAGAGACAUGCUCAGCUAUGGGAGGUGGAGCAAACAUUUAAGAAGAAGGGCAAUGGAAUGAUAGAUGAGUUUGCAGUCUCUGAUCAUCUCUGGGAUCCUGUCUUUUCUUCCACUUUUUCCUCUGUACCUGUGAGUGCCACUGAGUCUCUGGAUUCCAUCGAACCCCUUUCCCAGAGACAAUCCCUGCUCACGCAGGCAGAUGAACGUCACCCCUGGAGACGCAAGAGGAUAGGGGAUGAGGUAGUGGAGAGUCAGCAAUUGGAGCGCAUAGAGAUGUCCGUCCAAGAACGGAAGCAGCUCAUAACAGCUCAAGAAGAUGCCUGGAAGGUCAAAGGUUAUGGAGCUGCCAAUGACUCAACACAGUUUACUGUGGCUGGUCGUAUGGUCAAGAAAGGUCUCGCGGCCCCCAUGGUGCUUACAAAGCCAGUGUUUACUCCAUCAGUCAAAAACAAGAAUGCCAUCUCCAAACCUCAGGAAGAGAUUGAGGUCAGAGACAAUGUAAAACUCGAGUCAGACAAGAAGCUGGAGAAGCUGGAGUCCUUCUUGGGUCGGCUCAACAGUAAAGUGGGUGGGCUUCCUGAGUCGACGCUUACAGUAACCGAGAAGAAGGUUAAAGAGGUCAUGACUCUGGACGAUGAGUGUUUUGAUAAGUUUUACAGACACACUGAGGAACUGGCCAAUAUCAGCAGUAAAGUGGAGAUCGACGAUGACUUUGAUGCCAUCUUUGGAACUCAGAUGCCAAAGCUGACCUCAGAGAUGGUGCAGCACAAGCGUGCAGUGCGUCCAGCUCGAAACGUGCAGUCAUCCAGGAAUCCUCUGAAGAUGCUGGCCGCACGAGAGGACAUCAGACAUGAGUACACAGAGCAGAGGCUUAACAUCGGUGUGCUAGAGAGCAAGAGGAUCACACAGGAGAAGAUGUGUAAAAACAGUGGGUUCUCUGCUGUGGCUCUGGCAGGCUUGGCGAGUAAAGAGAACUUCAGCAGUGUGAGUCUGCGGAGUGUGAAGGUCUCCGAGCAAAGCUCCCACAACAGUGCCAUGCCUUACAAGGCCAUCAUGCUCAUGCAGGUCAAAGGCCGACGGCAUGUCCAGACGAGGUUAGUCGAGCCUAGAGCUUCCUCUCUGAACAGUGGUGAUUGUUUCCUCCUGGUUACACACCAGUCCUGUUUUAUCUGGAUUGGAGAGUUCGCAAAUGUCAUUGAGAAAGCCAAAGCUGCAGAAAUGGCUACAUUCAUCCAGACCAAGCAUGACCUUGGAUGCAGAGCCUCUUAUGUUCACACCGUAGAGGAAGGUAUCAAUACCCAGAGCCAUGCAUCUAAGGAAUUCUGGAAGAUUCUGGGAGGGCAGACCAGCUACCAAGUUGCAGGAACUCCAGAGGAAGAUGAGUUUUAUGAGACCGCCAUAGUGGAGACAAACUGUGUCUACAGGCUGCGUGAGGACAAGCUGGUUCCUGAUGAUGAUUUCUGGGGUAGAGUACCACGCUGCUCCAUGCUCAGCCCUACAGAGGUGCUGGUGUUUGAUUUUGGCAGUGAGGUGUAUGUGUGGCAUGGUAAAGAGGUGACAUUGGCACAAAGGAAACUGGCAUUUCAGCUAGCAAAGCACCUCUGGAAUGGGACUUUUGACUACACAACCUGUGAUAUCAACCCGUUAGAUCCAGGAGAGUGUAACUCACUUAUCCCAAGGAAAGGCCAAGGUCGGCCAGAUUGGGCUGUAUUUGGCAGGGUGACCCAACACAAUGAGACUAUACUGUUUAAGGAGAAGUUUCUAGACUGGAGUGACUCCAAGAAGGCUUUAAAAAACAGUGAUGAAAUACAAGCUCUUGAACACAAGGAGGUGCAAGGUGGUGAAUGGCGACCAUACAACGUGUCUCUGAUGUUGCCGUCGUCCCAUGCCCCUAUUCGGACUGUCCUGGACGGCAUGGACGUGGGACGAGGUUACGGUAUGAUGGAGGGAGAUGACAGGAGGAACUUUGAGAUUAGCACUCUGUCUGUGGAUGUGUGGCAUAUCCUGGAGUUUGACUACAGUCGGCUGCCUAAGCAGAGCAUCGGGCAGUUUCACGAGGGAGACACGUAUGUAGUUAAAUGGAAGUACAUGGUCAGUGCAGCAGUUGGAAAAAGGCUGAAUUCUGAGCGGACUGUCGGCCCGGGAAAGGAGAGGUGUGCAUACUUCUUCUGGCAGGGUCGUAACGCCACUGUUAGUGAGAAGGGGACAUCGGCUCUCAUGACUAUGGAGCUGGAUGAGGAGAGAGGAGCACAGGUCCAGGUGCAGCAGGGGAAGGAACCCCCUUGUUUUCUACAGUGUUUUAAUGGAGGCAUGAUGAUUCAUGCAGGAAAGAGAGAAGAGGAAGAAGAGAAUACACAGAGUGACUGGAGGCUGUACUGUGUGAGAGGCGAGAAGCCAGUAGAGGGCCAUCUGCUGGAGGUGGUGUGUCACUGCAGCAGUCUGCGUUCUCGCACUUCCAUGAUUCUGCUCAACAUCCCUAAAGCCAGCAUGUACCUGUGGCACGGCUGCAAGGCCCAAGCACACACGCGGGAUGUGGGCCACACUACUGCUAACAAGAUCAAAGAGCGUUGUCCUCUAGAAGCUGGACUUCACAGCAGUAGCAAAGUGACCAUCCACGAGUGUGAGGAAGGCACUGAACCAAUAGGAUUCUGGGAAGGUCUUGGGAGACGCGACCGCAAGGCAUACGACUGUAUGAUUCACGAUUUGGGGAAGUUUAACUUCACACCACGGUUAUACCACUUAAGCAGUACAUCAGGGGAGUUUGUCGCUGUGGAGUUGAGCUGUCCUUCCAGAGAGCCAAACUUGGUUAACUCCAUGCCUUUCCACCAGGAAGAUCUGUACAAUGUCACCCAGCCAGCUCUGUUUUUGGUUGAUAAUCAUCAUGAGGUGUACCUGUGGCAGGGCUGGUGGUCACUGGACAGUGAGAACACAGGCUCUGCCCGUAUCCGAUGGGACUUAGACAGGAAGUGUGCCAUGGAAACUGUGCUCCAGUACUGCCGAGAGAAGAAUGAGAAGAAGCCUCCUAAAGCCUACCUGAUUCAUGCAGGACUGGAGCCACUUACAUUCACUAACAUGUUCCCCAGCUGGGAGCACAGAGAGGACAUCGCUGAGAUCACAGAAAAGGAAGCAGAAGUAUGUAAUCAGAUCAUUCUAGUGGAAGAUGUUUUGGCUAGACUCUGUAAGACCACCUAUCCACUGGCUGAUCUCAUGGCCCGGCCUUUACCAGAAGGUGUCGACCCUCUGCACCUUGAGCUCUACCUGUCAGACGAAGACUUUGAGGGUGUAGGGGCCUAUGGGAAGAAAGCACUGGAGAUGACGAGGAUGGAGUAUGAAGCUUUGCCAGGUUGGAAGCAGGUGAAUGUGAAGAAAGCCAAAGGAUUGUUCUAGUGGGUUUACAAGGAUGAAGAUGUACAGAUGAGGCGAUAGUCGCUGCUGCAGUAUAGGAAAAGAUGGAACAAGCAUGUGGUGAAACUUGCACUCAGUUUUUAGCUGAACUUUAUAUAUGUACAAAUGUGCUGAUGUGAAUGCACUGAAAAGGGAUAUAAGAAGAAAAGAAAGAAGGAGAGGAUAUGGACAGAGAUUAGCAGAGGUUUACCAGCCUCAUGGAGUAUCUCUCUGUCUAUUCCUGGGUUUUUGUUUUUGUUUUCUCCCCUCAGUUUGUUGAAUUGUAAAAAGCUGUAAAUUACUGUAAUUUUCUUUCUGAAAUGUUUUUUUCUUCAUUUCACUACAUGUCCAUGUAGCAGAAAUAAAGCUACCAUUACAGUUACCUGAACUAAAAUAGAAAAGUAAUAUAAUUUGAUUAAUGCAGUGGCCACAUCACACCAGCAGACUGUGUUUGCUUUACCUGUUAAUGCUCUUCAUUAUUUUACUUGUGUUUACACUUUAAACAGUUUUGCAGUAAAUGUAUAGUACACUAUGACUUUUUGCUGAGAGCUGUGGGUGUGUCUGAAUAAUUAGUGAUGGUGUAGUGUGUGUGAGAGUAAAUUCAACUAAUAAUGUUGAACUGAAGGUGAAUUAAAUCUUGCUCAGAUUCUACAGUGUAUAGUGCCUUCGCUUUCAUGUACAGUUUAUAUAAUGAAAUAUUAUAGUAUGCAAUUUUAAUAUUUUGGUGAAUAUAUAAAAUAUCAGAGAAUAAACUGAACUAUUGAAAUAUGCA